AUGAUGCAGAUGCAUCCCUACAUCCUGAACAUCAACGAGGACACUCAGCUGUCGGGGGUGGUGAAGCUUUUCAUUCAGGAGGGUGAAUGGGACAUCGGCCUGUGUGACUCCGCCCCGAGAUACAUCUCCAUCAAGGGCUUAGGGAUCCAGGAGCGUCAUGCUGUGUUCAGGAAUGAGCAACGCCGGGUAACACUGACCCCACUGGCAGGGUCAAAGGUCAUUGUCAACGGCAACUCUGUCUCCCAGGCAACUGAGCUGCAGCACCUGGACCGUCUGAUCCUCGGCUCUAACUGCACCUACCUGUUCAUUGGUUUCCCCUCGGAGAGAGGCGGGGACGACUGGAGUCGCUAUGACUACGACUACUUCCAGUCCGAGCUGGCUGCGGCUGAGGGAAUCCACCUGGGUGAGUCCAGCGCUGGCUCCAGUCAGACGGACCCCAGCCUGCUGGCCGUCUUCUACGACUUCAUCAAACUGAUGCCCAUGGUGGCCGAGGCCAACCAGAUGAGCCAGGAACUGAACAAGGAUGUUGAGUUUAAGUUGGAGAUCAAGAAUCUGGCGCUGUCGGAUUCAAAAGGCCACGAUCUGAAGAAGGAGAUUGUUAUCAGAGUCACCGCUGUGGGAAGAAAACAGGUAUGGAUGUGGUCCAAGACCAAGUUUGUGAACCGUAAAUUCCUGAUGGAAGACGCCUACCAGCUGCAUCAGGCUGAGAAGAGCAGAGACAAUAUAGCAGAGGGUCUGUCUACAGCUGUGUUACCCAGAGAUAAAGACCCUUUCUGGGACCCUGUGGAGCCGCUGCUCCUGGGCUCCGCUCACCUCUGGCUUCAGUCCCUGGCCUUCCGCAUCCCUCUGGAGGAGCAGCUGGAGGUGCUGGGGUCAGAGGGCACGGAGGAGGCUAUACUGCAAGCUCAGCUGGUCCCCUGCACUUCCACAGGACUCGCUCAGGGCGAGGACGACAUCCUGAUCGACCCGUCUGAGUUACUGGGUCGACGUCUGGACUUCCAGCUGGUCCUGGAGCAGUGUUGUGGCCUCCGCUGGAUCCGAGAGGCCCGGGACAGAGGGGUCCAGAUUGGUUUCAGGUUAUUUGACUGCAGCCAUCCUCUCUACUCUCCGGCCGUGUGGCACAACGUCAACCCUCUGUUGGACCACAGAGUUCACUUCGCCUCGCUCCACACCUCCCAGCGUCUCUUAGACUACCUCCAGAGCAGCGCAGUGGUGCUGGAGCUCUGGGGCCUUCAAGAGGGUUGUACUGACCUGGUAUCAUCUCUGGAGGGAGUGAGGAUGACUGCAGAGGGCAUCUUCAUCAUCGAGGAGGCAGGCCCAGCUAACCCUGCACCUGUAGACUCUGCAGAGAUCAGCUGUUCAGUGAGAGCUCUUCAGCAGGAUAUGGAGGAACUGAAGAGUGUUAACUCGUCACUGAGAAAAGAAAAUCAUAUUCUGAGAGAACAACUCAACGCUGCCAGGAAUGGUGGAGAGGGGGUGCGGGGGCGCUCGGUGCGUCCCAGCUGUGAUGCAGAGUUUGGUCGCUCUCUCAAGGUGUUCUACCACAGCAUGACCUCAGUCAGGGGUCAGCUGCAGCGGCUGCGCAGACACAGGCCCAGUGAGGACUCCGACCUGCUGGGCUUCAGGCUGUUUGUGGACGAGCAGAGUCAUCUGCUGCGGGAUUUCUCCGAGCAGCUGGAGCAGAGCGUCUCUACUCUCAAACAGGAUGUAGCCGCCAUCGUCCGCCGGAAACGAGAACGCUCGGGAAUCUGGUCUUGACUGAUGCACCGUUUACAGAUUUGAACAAAGUGUUAAGAAGGUGAAUGCAUCUGGACUUUCUUUAUUUUACAACACUGUAGUUUUCAAAUGUGUGUAGGGUGGAGAUUUUGUAUCAUCGCUUUAAAGAGCUCAAUCUAAAACCACAACAUUAUGCUAUUAGUAAAACCAGCUUAAGAACUGUGGUUACAAAAGACAUGCGCUUAUAGUAAGUUUACAUGUAAUGAUACACCUGCAACAGUGUUACCAAGCAUGUUAUAUUAUGUGUGUAAGAUGGGUCACAUCAUUUGAUUUUUUACUGAAGGAGCAGCAGCCUCUGUUAAAGUGAAGGUAUUCAAGAUUAGUCGGCAGGAAUCAAUCGACAAGUGAGUUCAGUAUUCAAAUAAUAACAAAUGCAUUUAAGUCUAUAAAAAGUUUAUUAGACUGCAUUUCAAAUAGGUCAGUACAGUCCAAACUGCAAAUAAAUUAAAAGGCAAAUACAAAUCAAGUUUCAGAAUUCACAAUAUUAUUAUAUUUUUUUCAACCGUCUUUGAUAACAAGUCAAGAGACUGCUGUUCACUCUGAAGCUGUAUCAAAGCAUGUCAAGAAGCAAGGAAAGCUCUUCUUCCUUAUGUCUCAUUACGGGAGGUUAUUAUGACUUUUUAGCUCAAUUAAGAUGAAGCGUUUUACACAGAUUCACUUGUUCUAACGUCCAAUUCAGAGGUUAAAGUAAAUGGUGUUAAGCAGUCACAAAACAGAACAGACUGUUGCUGUAGGUCCAAAUAAAGAUGAGUGUGGGCACAUUUACAAGAGGAGAGGCAGAAGGCAGAUGUGAGGCAGGUUAGUCAUCAGAUGACGGAGAGUCUAUGUACAACAGAUACAGGCAGGAGGUUGGUCAUUCGAAAA